GCGGCGGCGGGGCGGCCGGAUGGACCCGCGCGUGGCCUGGAUCCAGCCGGAGCAGAAGGGCCCGGCCAACGCGCUCUGGAUGCAGAUCUGGGAGACCUCGCAGGGCCGCGCCGGCAGCCCCUCGCCCGGCCCGCCGCCCUCCCCGUCGCCGCCCUUCGCGCCGCGCUUCUCGCUCUGCCUCCUCGGCGCGGCCGCGGCCCCGGCCCCGCGCUCCGAGCCGGCCUCCCCCUCCGCCGCCGCCUCGCCCCAGCCCGCCGCCUCGCCGCCCGCCCUGCUGCUGCUGCCGCCCGCCGACGCGCCGCGCCUGCUGCUGCUGCCCAAGGCCCAGCCCGCCUCCGCCGCGGCCCCCUCGGGCCCCGGGCCGCCCUCGGGCCAGGCCGCGCCGGAGAAGGCGGAGCAGCGGGAGGCCGCCGCGCCGCGCCACCACUACCACCCGGGCCGCAGGAAACGCCAGAACAAGGCCAGCACCUAUGGCAUGAACUACCUGCUGGGCGGCGCGGCCGGGCCCGGGGCCGCCUCGCCGCCGCUGCCGCCGCCCCUGCGCCGCCCGGCCCCCGGCACGCCCUGGAAGAGGAGGCCCUACCGCCCGGGCAUCCACGGGCUCCAUGAAGAAAUAAUGGACUUUUAUGACUUUAUGUCCCCUCGUCCUGAAGAAGCAGUUAUGAGAAGAGAAGUAGUGAAAAGAAUAGAAACGGUCAUCAAAGACCUCUGGCCUACGGCUGAUGUCCAGAUAUUUGGGAGUUUUAGCACGGGGCUUUAUUUGCCAACUAGUGAUAUUGAUUUAGUGGUUUUUGGAAAAUGGGAGAGCCCCCCUUUACAGCUGCUGGAACAAGCACUAAGGAAACACAAUGUGGCUGAGCCAUAUUCAAUUAAAGUACUUGACAAAGCUACGGUACCAAUAAUAAAGCUUACUGACCAGGAAACCGAAGUAAAAGUUGACAUUAGUUUUAAUGUGGAAACUGGUGUGAAGGCAGCUCGACUUAUCAAAGACUACAUGAAGAAAUACUCGUUGCUGCCUUACUUGAUUUUAGUAUUAAAACAGUUUCUCCUUCAAAGGGAUUUGAAUGAAGUUUUUACUGGUGGAAUUAGCUCCUACAGCCUAAUUUUAAUGGCAAUUAGCUUCUUACAGUUGCACCCCCGAAUUGAUGCUAGGAGAUCAGAUGAAAAUCUUGGAAUGCUUCUAAUAGAAUUUUUUGAACUCUAUGGAAGAAAUUUUAAUUACUUGAAAACUGGUAUUAGGAUAAAAAAUGGGGGUGCCUACAUUGCCAAAGAAGAAAUCCUGAAAGCCAUGACUUAUGGUUAUCGGCCAUCCAUGUUGUGCAUUGAAGAUCCCCUCUUGCCUGGAAAUGAUGUUGGCAGAAGUUCUUAUGGUGCCAUGCAAGUAAAGCAAGUUUUUGAUUAUGCCUACAUUGUUCUUAGCCACGCUGUCUCCCCGCUUGCAAGGUCAUAUCCUAAUCGAGAUUCUGAAAGUACUUUAGGAAGAAUUAUCAAAGUGACACAGGAAGUGAUCGAUUACAGAGCUUGGAUUAAAAAGAAAUGGGGAAGCAAAGUUAAUUUGCCAGCUGAUCUUGAUAUCCAGAUGAAUAAGGUAGAACCAAUAUCUCCGUGCUCCAUAGUCCAGAACAGAGAUGUUGAAUCACUAUAUAGCCAACGUUUGCCGUUGUCAUUCACUGGCACCCAGCAGUUGUCAUCAGGUUCAUCUGCCUCUUCCAUGUCGUCUCUUUCUGGUAGUGAUAUUGAUUCGGAUACUCCACCUUGCACAACUCCUAAUGUGUACCACUUCAAUCUGCAAGCACCAUCUCAGCUUACGGCUGGUUUACCACCCGCAUUGCCUAUACCAAGUGGUAAAACUCAGUCUGUGCCUGCAAGAACCUUGAUUAUGGCAACUAAUAAUCAGCAGCACAGUGGAAUGAAGUUUUCUCUGAAAGGAGCUCAUGGUCAUAACCAAUGCAGUGAAUACAAUUCUGCCAGCAAUGGAAUCAUGAGGCAGCCGGUCGGCAACAGAAGCCACCACCAGUAUAACCGUAAUAUCUGGAGAAGAAAGAAGCAUAGAGACAGUUUGCCUAUUAGCCUUAGCAGAUAAUGGCCAACUUCAGGGUGUCCACUUUUGACUAAGCUACAGAGUGGGAUGCCAGGCUGGGAGGACUUGAGACCAGCGCACCAGUUUGAGGAUGUUGCCAAAUAUCUGCAUCCAACCUUUGCAUGUUUCUUUGUGUGGUGGUGGAAUCCAUCUAAAGAGAAAUUAUUGUGCUUAUCUGUGAAGCCUUAUUCAAUGUGGAAGUUUGUCUUCUGCCUAUCCAUGACGUACUACAGUGCCGAAGCAGCUCUGAUGCGAAUACUGUGCGAGGACCAUAAACGCCGUGGCACUUCUGCUGUAGCUGCAUUUGUUCAUUGUGGGGUUUUCUUUGUUUCGUCAGAAAAAUGACGGAUGAUUUGAACUUUACUUUGCAGCAGAUCUUUGUCACUUUGUAUGCUGCCUUCCCCAUUUUUUGUUCUGGCUUCUUUGUUUGCUUUACCUAUAUCAAAACAUAACUUUUGUGCAAUAACUCCAAAUAUUUUAACUUGCAUAAUGGUAUGAUUAAGUUAUAUUUAAAGGAAGGAGAAUUGGGGGGGGGGAUUCUUUUGGUUUUGGUUUUUGUGUUUCCUGGAUUGUAUUUUGUAUGUUGGGUUCACAGUUCUGGUGGGGUUGGCUGAGUAGCUCCCUCACGUUGCUUGAUAUUGUAGGUUUCUUAACUUACAAUGGAACUGCUAAUUUGGCUUACAUUUUUAGUUCAAGAAGUAUUAAACUCCAAAACAUUUUGACCCUUCCUUUUAGUUCAUUUGGCAUUUAGCAGCAAUUCAGUUCUUCCUAAGGAGUUAGGGCACAAUCCAGUGAUUCUGCACCACCCUCCUUCACUCCGGUGGGGAUUACAGAGUAGAGCAUCUCACCGGAUUGUGCCUUCAGUUUAUUAAAAAGGCCUUCGGGGUGGGGGGAGGUCAGGGCAAGUUCCAAAUGUUUUCCAAAUGCUUCUUUAUGAUUUGCACUCUGAUUGGGUCCAAGCAAUGUUGCUGACUAAAAUAUCCAACUUAUAGAAGGGGGAGAAAGGAAUUACGUUGAUUCUGCCGAGGAAUCUCUUAUCGCAGUGUGCAUUAAUUCUGUCAGGAGCAAAUACUUGAAAUGUACCUUUCAGAUUCUCUGUGCUUUUAAAGUAACUUUUUGUUGUCUUGCAAAAAGGGCACAGCCCAGUGUCCCACGCACAUGCACACAGUCUCUCCCCCACCCCUCUCCUCUCUCUGAUGCAUACAGGUAUACUAUGCAAGUGUGUAUCACCAUGGCAACUCUUAACUUCUUUUAAAGCAAAAAAUGGACAUUCUUCCUAGCCUUGGGUUUUUAAAAAGCACCUCAUUGCCAUUGGUCACAUCUUUCAUGGUUUUUUUUUUUUAAAUGAAAGUUCUUAAAUCUCCAGAGCAUUCUGCUAGUAGUUCUGCUUGAACUGGGAGCUUGGGGGGGGGGGCAUUAAAAUGAGGAUCGUCUUGAUUAUCUUCUGUCUUUCUGUCUGAUAUGCAGAAGCAAAUGUUCUUAAAAACUGAUCUUUGAAUGUUUGAGAUGGAAUUGUUCCUAUGAAAGUAAGCUUUAAUAUCGGCCUCGGAAGCUGGCGUGGCACAUGCUAAAGAAACCCACCAAAAUGGGCAAAGCCUUCGGGUCGUAAGAGAAGAGAGUGUGACAUUCCAAACUAGAGUAGCACAUGUCCUCUAUCCACCCUUCAUCUUGAUCCAGAGUGAAUCACAGCUGCAAAUUUUAAAAUUCUAUAACUCUUCAUUGACGAGGAUUCAUAUUCGUACCAGAUGUACGCUGCUGUUUUGAUAUUACAGAAGAGGGAUAAAGUGUGUGUGACUUUACUGUGCCAGCAUCUGUUGGGAAAGGUAAGUUUGCAAGUACAAAAUCCCUUCGAUAGGCAUAAAUGAAUAAAGGCAGGGACUCUGCAAAUACACAGUGUGUCAGUUGAACAUUUGGUGGCAGGAAAUAAAAAGUCAUAAGCUAUCCAAUGUUAAUUGCCCUGCGAAUAACCUUUGGAGCUCUGGGGAUGGGGUCUCGGGAGCUGCAGAUUCAAGGGAUAUUUGAGGCGCCCCGUGAAGCAGACCUGUGUUUGGCAACGUCUGCAUUCUAGCUGCUCAAGGCUCAGCAGCCAGAGGAGGGGAAGUCAGGCUUGCGUACUCUUCCCCAGUAGACGGGCCAUGGCUGUUCUCAAUUAAUAACGGGUAAGCUUACGAAUGAUUGAAUUUUAUUGCCAAGAUCGAAGUCCUCUUGGCUGCCUGUCUUUUUGUUUUGACCACUUUAACUUCGCAGAAGGAUUUAAACGGAUGCUGGCACAAUAAAAAGAUCUAAACUUGAAUAAACCAGUAUUCAAGGGCUGAUACACAGAUCUGUACUCAUUUUUACACGCUAGCAAUAUUAAUGAACCUACAUGACAGAAACCUCAAUGUCUGAAAUAGUGUCCAUGUUUAAAAACAGGAUAGGCUUAAGAGAAGCAGGUAUCAUGUUCCAUAGUCAUGGUGAACCAAUAAAUUGCACUGGCUACCACAUGGGUUAUGUUCUAUAGCACUGUGGAUAGCUGUUUAAGAUAUCAUGUUAUUCUUUUUGUGUGUAUAAUGAUGUGAGAAGCUAAAAUACAUAUUUUUAUGUGAAGUUUUGUAUUCUUUGAUUUUUAAUAAACUUUCAAGGCCA